AUGGAUCCAAGCACUGACAACAACACUUACCCUCAAUUUAAAGCUCGUGAAGCAACUGUUCUCAAGAAAAAGCCAUUUAUUCCAAGCCUACCCAAUAAACGUGUGGAACGAGAAGAGUUUAACAGAAAAAUGAAGUUGCGUGAAGCAGAACUGGAACAGCAAAGGCAACACAUCAAGGAGAUGCAAGCUGAGAAAGAGCAAAAAGAAAGGGCGAAAUGCAGAAAACUGGCGUUGACUCGUGAAGCAACUGUUCUCAAGAAAAAGCCAUUUAUUCCAAGCCUACCCAAUAAACGUGUGGAACGAGAAGAGUUUAACAGAAAAAUGAAGUUGCGUGAAGCAGAACUGGAACAGCAAAGGCAACACAUCAAGGAGAUGCAAGCUGAGAAAGAGCAAAAAGAAAGGGCGAAAUGCAGAAAACUGGCGUUGAGUUAG